GGAUUUGGUCUGCGACGGGGUGUAAUUUCAUUGACAAAGGAGAUUGAUGCUUUCUGGUUGGCUGGCUGGUCGACGACUGCCUGCCUGGCCUGCUUCGUUCGUUUUCGUAACUUGUUCGCUAGCUCGGCCAUUAUUGUUGUCGCGUAUCGUCGUCCUCUUGCGUAUCGGAUCCAAUUGCAGUCCGAAAAUCGAGUGGAAAUUUGGUGUUUUUAUCAGUGAAAUUUGCUGCCAAAGUGUCCGGGAAGAGUGCGCGAACCGGGAUUACGUCGGUUGAACAUCGUUCUGGCCACUUUCGGCGCCGUUUGGCCGCGGAAAGUUGAGGAGACACGGAGAGGCCACCAUCAGCAGCAUCGAACUGUGUGUAUUGUCCUCUAUAAUACGUGCGAGACAAAAAAAAAUCUGGUGGUUAUUUUUUUUUUUUUCAUGUAAAGAUCUGAGACAUCUCGAGGCUAUGGCUUUAGCAAUAGUUUUGUGUCUAACGUUGGUGUCUGCCAAUAUCAAUCGUAACAAGGAAUCUCCGAAGUCGGGCUCAUGAAGAAGUGCUAAAGUGCGUAGUCCCAGAAGUGAAGAAGAAAAUAGUGCCAGUCAGUGUUUUAAUUACCUACACCUACUCCUCCUAGAAGACAAUUUUGCUUUAUGGAAGAAAGCGGAAAAACUUUUUCGUCUGAGCCUCAGUGAAGAUCCCCAAGAUUUCCUAAAUAUUCGGAAAGGUGAAAUCGAUUUGUGUGUGAGUGUGUUUGAAUCUGCCCCCCUCUCGCUUCUCGACAUCAGUGUUGUAUCUGUUCUAUUCGGGGAUUGUGCAAGAAGGUUAUCGAUCAGCGUAGACGAAGCUGGCAAACGCUUCGAACGCUGCUGGGGGUGGCCCUGAGAGGCCACCACAGCGGGAGCAAGCGCAACAACAUCAGGAACAGCAAAACAAUAACCGAGAAGCAUCAGCUGCUGGUGGUGGGCCCAGCAACAAUCAAAAUGCCCCACCGGAAGCAGCAGGGGCAGCGGCUGGUGGUGGGGCCGGGGGUGGCCCACAAGAGUGGAAUGCUAACAACGCAGGUAACAACGGUGGCAAUAACAACAACGGCCACCAGAAUCAGAACCAGAACAACCAACAGAAUGUGAAUGCAAACGCGAACAAUGAAGAGUGUGAUCGGUUCAGUUUCGAAGAUUCGGACCGGUUCGAGGAAGAUUCCUUGUGCAGCUGGAGCUCGGAACCGGAAAGUGUGUGUAAUAAUUGGCGCGGGUGGAAAAAACCUACCGGGACGUCAAUCAUAUUCGGGUUCAAUGGGAACCGUCGAGCUAACGAUGGAGAUGUAACUACAUUAACCGAGCUUGCGGCACGUUGUGUGGCUUCGUACAUACCCUUCGAACUAGUGGAACACGUCUACCCUCCAGUACCAGAGCAACUGCAGCUGCGGAUAGCAUACUGGAGCUUUCCCGACAAUGAGGAAGACAUUCGGUUAUACUCGUGUUUGGCCAACAGCUCUGCCGAUGAAUUCCAUCGGGGAGAGCAGCUGUUCAAAAAUAGGGCCGUUAAGGAUCCUUUACAGAUUGGGUUUCACUUAUCGGCCACCGUAGUAGUGACGCAGCCUAGGAAUCAAUACAAUGUGGCCGUGACAUUCGAUCGGCGGAGGAUAUCAUCCUGUAGUUGCACUUGCUUACCGGCAGCAUAUUGGUGUUCACACGUGGUCGCCGUUUGUUUGCAUAGAAUUCAUUGUCCUACAAAAGUAAGUCUUCGCGCACCCGUUUCGGAAUCACUAUCUAGACUGCAACGAGAUCAAUUGCAGAAGUUUGCUCAAUAUUUGAUCAGCGAACUGUCGCAGCAAAUUCUUCCUAUUGCACAACGUCUACUCGAUGAACUGCUCAGCUCUCAACCGACAACUAUCAAUACCGUUUGUGGCGCUCCCGAUCCGACCGCUGGAGCAUCGGUUAAUGAUCAGACAAAUUGGUAUUUGGACGACAAAACGUUACACGACAACAUAAAAAAGAUACUCAUUAAGUUCUGCUUACCAACGCCCAUGGUAUUCAGCGAUGUAAAUUAUUUAACUAAUUCGGCGCCUCCGGCUGCCGCUGAAUGGAGUUCUCUACUGCGUCCAUUGCGAGGGAGGGAACCGGAAGGCAUGUGGAAUUUACUUUCUAUCGUGAGGGAGAUGUACAGACGAUGUGAUCGUAAUGCGGUCCGGUUAUUGGAAGUUAUUACGGAGGAAGUUAUGGCAUGCGAUCAAAUUUUGGUUUGGUGGUUCAAUAUCAAACUAGCAUUGUUGGUGGGUUCAAAUGGUCAUGGAGGGGGAAAGCACAGUAAUACGCAUUCCAAUUCAAAUGCAACACAACAUGCGUGUGCUUCAUUGUGCGAUGAAAUUGUGGUUUUGUGGAGGUUGGCUUCGUUGAACCCUGGUCUGGCCCCAGAUGAACGAGACAUGCUACAUGCACAAUUCACUACAUGGCACUUGAAAAUACUAGACAGGGUUGCGAAGAACAUGGUAGCUUCUUCAUCACAUAGCAGUAAACAGCAGCAAAAUUUAAGGAACGAUGCCGAAUUGUUUGCGGGAUUCAAACCGGCAAUAGAAGCAUGCUAUCUGGAUUGGGAAGAUUAUCCCAUCGAUGGCAUAACACACACGCAGGACACGAAUCCUAUGUAUCAUUGUCCGUUUACGUGUUUUAAGCAAAAUAGUGAAUCAAAGGCUGAAUCUAGUUUAGGGCAGGUUAACUCGAGUCAAGCGGUAUUGCAGAAUAAUGUUAAACAAUUCCAACAAAUGCCACAUCACCAUCAUCACUUUAGUCAUCAUCACCAUCAUCAUCACGGUCACACGACUCACCAUAGUAGUGCGGUGCUUGCAUCAGCUUCCUCCAGUUCUGGCGCUGGAACUUCCACAAGUGGUGGAAUUAUGGUAGGAAGUAGCACCUGUAAUACAGCAGCCGGUUCAAGUGGGAACGCUGGUAAAUCUCAUCACCGGAGGGAAUAUCGUCAUCGGGAACGAUGUUAUGGAUCAAGCAACAGCAGUAGUGACAGUGUUCCGGAUCGCUUGAAUGAAGCGGCAAGUAGUUCAAAGAUAGAUCAGCAUCUGUCUACAACCGCGACAACAAAUAACGGUGGAGGCAAUCGGUCAAGCGUCAGCAGCGAAGGAUUUUGCGAAAAUGACGACGAUGUCAAUGGCCUGGACGAUUUGACUGCUCCUGGUCCUAGUAAGAAGAUUGAAAAUAUAAUCGAUUCGUCUAACAGCUCAUCAUCGAGUGCGGAAGAUAGUGCUGGCAAAAGUUCAAACAUGCCAUCGGAUAGUAGCGAUGCCAAUAGUAUUUUAAACGAUAUGAAUAACUAUGACAUCUCUGGUAACAUCAAACUGUACGAGGUGUAUAAUCAAGAACCCCAGCCCGGAACGUCGAGUUCAACAUGUUCUUCGUCACCCUCGACGGCCACCACGGCUACAAAGAUUGUUCCAACCGAACUUAAUCGAACUAGUGCCAACAAAUCCCAAAGUGAUGUAGAAAAGCAGAAUAUCGAUAAAGCAUCAACUUCUACCGUACUCAAGGACGUCCUGGAUCCAGAAUCGGAUACAAAUGAACGUCGUCCAUCCAAGGACGAAAGUCUAUCGAGUUCCGAUAGCCAACCAAACAUCGACGAGUACAACAUGUACUACUACGAUUCGAAACAAGCUCAAGCACAGCACCAGCAGGAACAACAGCAAAAGCAACGGCAACCACAAGAAGCGAAACAACAACCCCAACAAGUAUUCUCCAAUCUGAAGCCCACAGAAGAUGCUUGGGAUAUAUUGUUUGCUCGUGCGGAAGGACUUCAUGCGCAUGGGCAUGGACGGGAAGCAUGUAUCUUGGGUGUUCGGUUAGCAGAAGAAAUGCUAGCCAAUCCUCCCAAUCUGAUGAUAGAGCUCCCUCCUCCACCGAAAAAGAAAGGCAAAAAACACAACAUUAAUCCCAUUUCGCAUCAACUUAGUGUGCUCGCUUCGGCUACCUUGGCGAAAUGCGCUUUCUUGUGUACAGUCCUAGCGGAAAAUUCCGAACACUAUCAUCUAGCAUUUCGCGUAUGCUUGUUCGGAUUGGAAAUGUCACGUCCCCCAGCGAGCACCAAACCACUGGAGGUUAAGCUAGCAAAUCAGGAAUCAGAUCUGCUCGCACUGUUGAAGCGUAUUCCUUUGGGGCAUCCUGAACUCAAGAUCAUCCGGGAAAGAGCCGAAGCUUUACGCGAUGGUACGCUCAAAUCACGUGGCGAAGCAUUGUUGCCUAUAAUGUUGGCAAGUUUCAUUUUUGAUGCACUCGUAAUGCCGAGUAUCAUCGGAAGAGAAAAUCGAAUGAAAGUUAUGAGUCAAUCUUUCAGAUUGCCUACGGAUGAAAAUCUAGGAUUCGAAGCAGCGGUUGCUGCGCUAGGUCUAAAAGCUAAUGUUUCAGAAGCGGAACAUCCGUUACUUUGUGAAGGAACUCGUCGUCAAAGAGGCGAUCUUGCCCUAACCCUCCUGUCAUAUUAUAAGGAUGAACCGCGAAAAAUUGGUCGCGUCAUGGAGAAAUUGUUGGAUCGUGAAAUACAUUCUCUCAUCAAAACUCCUCUUCUACCGUCGUAUUACUCAAAUAAUCCACCAACACGUAGUCAGACAUCACAGAUGCGAAUGGAGGAGUACGAAUCCAACAAUCAACAAAUGUACGCAGGAAACGAUCUUCAACAACCACACCAUGCUGGAUUGCCGCAAAAUGAAUUCAUGGUUAAUAGCCGUCCUCAAAGCAGUACUAGUGCUGAAGUUGAAAUCGGCAUGGGAGGUCUUAAUCUAGGACAGCCGCAACAAAUGCCGGCAGGUCCUGCACCUGGACCAUCGAAUACGCAACCCAUAAUAUCGGGACCUCCUGGAAGCGUUGCUGGGUCAGUUUCGACUACAACUACUCGCUCUAAAGAUUCACGCUACAAAGGGAAACGGGCCUAUCCAUCUAUUCCUAACCAACCGUCUGAGGCAAGCGCACACUUCAUGUUCGAGUUGGCCAAAAACGUUCUCACUAAAGCUGGUGGUACUUCGUCCACUUCGUUGUUCACACAAGCUUCAACGAAUCAAAAUCAUCAAGGUCCCCAUCGGGGGUUGCACAUGUGUGCUUUCCAACUUGGGUUGUAUGCACUUGGUCUACACAACUGUGUCAGUCCUAACUGGCUCUCUAGAACCUAUUCGUCCCAUGUUUCGUGGAUUAUCGGACAAGCUAUGGACAUAGGUGCUCCAGCCAUAUCGUUUUUGAUCGACACAUGGGAGGGUCAUCUGACUCCACCGGAAGCAGCCGGCAUGGCGGAUAGAGCUUCCUCUAGAGGCUGGGAUAGCAACAUGGUGAACCCGGCUGCUGAGCUAGCGCUUUCUGUAUUGCCUCACGCAGCGGCUUUGAAUCCCAAUGAAAUCCAACGUGCGAUUCUGCAAUGUAAAGAGCAAAGCGAUAGAAUGCUUGAACGCGCUUGUCUCACUGUAGAAAAUGCAGCAAAAGGAGGUGGUGUAUAUCCGGAAGUUCUGUUUCAAGUCGCUCGUUAUUGGUAUGAACUGUAUUUGAGGAACACCCCUGGAGGAGAGAUGGAGCCGAAUGAACAGCAUGAUUAUUUCAAUGUGAAUAUCAUGUCCUUGAUGGAUUCCGGAGAUAUUCAACAGCAGGCUCAACCUCCUCCUCCGGCUAAUCAGCCCGUAGUAGUUAGUGCUACUCCACCCCAACCGUAUCAACAGACGGUCACCACAUUGGCUCCUAUUGGUUUGGCACCAUACGGGCCUUACAGUUUCCCAUGUCAAGGAAUAUAUCAUCAGAACAUUCCCUACCACGCCAAUCAAAUGCAGAUGUAUAUAUCAACUCCACCUCAAUUCCAAUAUCCUCCACCGCCAGCGCAUAGUAAUCCUCCGCAGCAACAACCAGGAGGAUAUCAGCAGCCACUUAAUACAAGCUAUCAACCUAUUCAGCCUCAUCCGCCGGUGCCCCCACAAGGAUACAACCCGCAGCAGUAUCCUCAAGUUCCUGUUCAAGUUCAGGUACCGCCUCCACCACCAAACCAGCAACAAAUGCAGCAGAAUCUGCAAUACUAUGGACCACAGGCCGUCUCUAUGCAACAGCCUCCUCAACCACAACAACCACCACCACCUCGUCCGCAACCCGGACACGGUUAUCCACCGUACGCGGUCCCUCCAACUACGCCUCCCGUUCGGCAACGUCAUCCCCAUCAAUUCACUCCAACGCAGCUGCGAUACUUGUUGGCGGCUUACAAUGCCGGUAUGCUUGCUCUGGAAACCCUCGCUCGGAGGGUUCAUGACGAUAGGCCACAAGCCAAGUACGCCCGUAAUCCACCCUACGGAGAAGAUGUUAAAUGGCUACUCCGCAUCUCGAAACGGCUGGGCACCCAGUAUCUGCAUCAAUUUUGCGUCUGUGCCGUAAACUCGAUCGUUUCGCCUUUUGUGCUACAUGAAGUGGCCAUCGAAUCGGCUCACUAUCUCGCGCGUAACAAUCCGGCCCUGGUGAUGCAACAUCUCCGUUCGGCGCUAGCACCGCUCAUGCAAAAAUGUCAGCAAAUGUACAUUCAAUGUAUUCAUCAAAAGUUGUACCACCUAACUGUGGCGGAUUACGAAGAAUUUACCAGCACUAUCCUGUCGGCACGGAAUGCAUUCCAGAUUACACCGGAAGGUAGCGCGCAGUUCAAAGACUGGUUACAAUCGAUAAAACGUUCUAAAUCCUGCAAGAAAGAGCUUUGGACACAGAUCAACGCCGCGCUCAAUUCUAAAUGACAACGACUAGAAUCGAUCGGUUCCGAAUUGAAUAGCCUUUCUUCGGCUACCGGUAAUGCUCCAAAUUCCUCAACCGCAUCUGCGGCUCUCGCAGGCUCGGUAAACUCGACAUCAACACCACCGCUCGCUUUGUCAGCAGCGACUGGUUCCUCGUCUGCACCACAAAUUCAGCAACAGACACUAGGUUCCGGUAAUUCCAGCCGAUCAAUUCUAGACGAAGAAGGUUUAUUGAAACCACCUACAGUAAAUGUGGCACCAAAUACGGCGCCAGCUGCUACUUUACCGCCUACCGCUUCAGCAGCUAUAUCAGCUGCUGCAGUAGCUGCUGCCACCACAGGAACGCUGGCUACCAUGAAGCAUCUUGGGCAAAGCUCAUCUAUCAAUCACAGAAGCAACAACAGCCUAAUUCAACCACAACAUCAACAGAGCCAAAGGCUUCAUCAGUCUAAUGUCCUAUCGCAAUCUGUAGUUCAUGCCGCUUCGCAGUCUUCAUCAGGAUCAAUGGUCCCCCAUCAAGGCCCUACAGGGCCAUCAACUCAACAUCCGCAUCCUUCUUCGGUGGGUCCAUCACCUUCUUUCCAUCAUAUGCAGCCUGCUGCUAUUCCACCAGCGUCAAUUCCGCCUUCCGCCGGUGCACCGAAUUAUCACCACCACCAUCAUCACCAUCACCAUCAGGCAGCGGCCAUGUUGACCCUGGCCGUUAGCAAUCCACCAGCGCCAAUGCCCCUCCAACAUCAUCAGCAGAACAUAAACCUAAACGUGAAUCAUCAUCUGAUCUCGGCGCCUAUCGUGGUCGACUUCUCCAAUAUGACCGUGAACUGUGUUCAACUGGGACAGGAAAAUCAGCAACAUCUCCAGCAACAGCCGCCGUCGCUCGUAGGUACGGGUCACAAUGUCGGUCCCAUGGGCAACAAUGGUGGGAGCAUUGUGCCCGGCAGCACCGGUGGAAGAUUGAAGUAAGAGGGAUAGGGAACUAGCUCACGGUGAGAAUAAAAGACAAGUUCGGGCAUAUUUGAGAAUGGUAAGUAAGGUAGAAGUGGAUUUUAACAUGUAUUUUGGACUAAUUUGAUUCCGUCUUGUUAAUUUCCUUUUUAAAUUGAUGGCGGUGUCUUAGUCCCGAGGUUUUUAUUAUUUAUGUGCUCUCGUUUGAUAUUUGAGAGAGAUGUUCCGAAUCUUACCCAGGAUAUCGUUACACCUGAAUAAUCCGUUAUCCUGCAAACAGUUUCUAACUGCAAGUGUGCUAAGUGCAACUGCUUCAAAAUUAUCGAACCGUUGUAAGCUAAAUUAUCCCAAGUAAUCAUUAUUCACAAAUAAUUAGCCCUAAAUCAGCAUCAGAAAUGUAUUUUUACGAAUGCGGAUAAGCCUAAUAACAGCAUUUCUACCACAAAGGAACUUCAUCAUUGCAUCAUGCUUCUGAUGCAUACUGACCUUAAAUCAACACUAUAUUGCCUCUUAAUGCGCAUACAGGGCACAAUAUCUAUGCCAUUCUUAUUACAAUCGCAUACUUUAUAAUGCAUUAAAAGUAUGGCUUAGAUUGGUCUUCUCUUUCCACAACAAGCUAUUAGCAUUAGCAAUGCAGAUGAGCACGAUUGCAUUUCUUCUGCACAAUAAUAGCACCUUAUUUCGCAUUUUUUGGCAUUAUUUGUGUAUAUAAAGCUGACAUGCAUUAUACGACUAUACUUCCCAUACUCGCAUAACAGUCCCAUUUGUAUAGGAAAUCCCAUAUACUAUGGGGAUGUUAUGCAGCAUAUUAGUUGGUAGAGUCCUACCUGAGUCCGUGGAUGUUUUUAAUCUAUUUUUGCGAGGUUUACGGGGUAAUUUGUCAUUGGGAGUACCUAAUGAUAUCCUGGUAAGUGCUACAAAACCUUCUAGAACUUUUUGGGUAAGAACGGAAAGACGAAUCCAAGAAAGAUGCGGUUCUAGACCAUAAUAUGAAAGUUGCCUCUUUCCCGCCUGAAAUUUGGGACUACUCUCUGACUCUUCUUCUGUUUCUUAUCUCUGGCGGUACGUCCCAAUUAGCCUAAUCCUGUCUACUCGGGUCUUUGUUCUAUGAGCAUUUUAUAUUUUUACUCAUUGAGCUUCUUUUAUAUUUGUCCAUUUGAAGGUUGGCAUGAAUAGAUGGAUCCUAUCUCUCUAAGGCAGUUUACGAAAGCGAACUGCCGUUUUACGCAUAUCUGUCCUACGGCCCAUAAGGUUUACAUAUAACAUGGGACAAAUAGGCUUAGAAGGAAAGAACAUUUUAGCGAAGCCAAAAUAUUAUUUGAGUUUGGUUCUAACUAUUUGAAGGGUACAAAUUACUCUGAUGUCACUGAUAUCUAUGAUACCCUGAAAUUUAUGGCACAAAAGAGCAACAUCUCCCGGGCAAUAGUUACAUUACGAAUUUCAAUGUUGUUUGGUGAUAUUGCCCACCUACUGAAACUUUCCGGGAAUUUGCUAUCCUCAUGUAAGUGGUCACUUGAAAUGAUUCUGAUACCUUUCUUGCUACCAACCAGAUUUAAUGAUUUUUCAAAACAAUUUCAUUAAUGAGCAUUGAGAUAAAAGGCUUCGUGACCGUGCGGUUAGUGUUACCAUACAUUUAGCCGCAUCGAUCCGUGGAGUGUGGGUUCGAUUCCUGCUUCAAGCUGGAAAUUUUUUCGUCAGAAAUGUUUUCCGACUUUGCCACUUGUUAUUGCAUGCUAGUCCGUUGUCUAGUGUAGUGCAUUCUUCAAAGGACAAUCAUCCACUGGAAGCAUUAACGUGUCGGUAUCUUUAAAAAAAAAGUGCAUUGGCCAAGUCCUAGGAUAUCCUGAGAAUCUGGUGCCCUUAGGGAAGUGGCCACUUUUAGAAUGGUUUUGUAAUCCUUCUUGCUAUACACCAAACACCAUGCUUUUGUAAAACAAGUUGAUUGGAAGACAAUGGGGAUAUGUGGCCCUUAUGAUUUUGCAAAACAAGUUCAAUAUUUUAAAACCUAAUAAAAACAUUGAGGAUUUGUAAUCAUAAUAGGUACACUUAUAUUUAUGACAGUUGGCCGGUUUAUUAAAAAAUAACAGUAAUGCCCAUGGGAUUGUUUUUUUGUGCCCUGCCCAGAACCGAGCAAAUAUCACGGUUUUUCCGGGAUUUCUUUGCUUUAUUAUCAUUAUUUAUCUUUUUUGAGUGAUUUAUCGCCCUUGGCGAGUUUGCCACUUUUUAACGGCAACGCUUUUUUGCUUUACUUACAUAAUUGUCUUAUAAUUCAUCGUAUAACACGCCCACUGACCUUUAAAAAUGUCAAAAUAUGUUCCCGAAUAAAUUAUGGUAGUUGUUUAUCAUGCGCGAUUAGUUCACUAAAAUAAUAUGAACUUAUUUAAAUAUAUGAAAUUUAAGGUUUUAGACAUGUAAAGGUGUGUGGAAAACAGUUUUAUAUGUCGAUUAUUUUCAUUCCCACUACAGUUUUAGCGUUCGCGUUCCAAACAAAUAUCUCCAUGCUUCGAUCCUUAGUCGUGGAACUUUCAGUUUCCCUCGGAAUUCUAAAUUAUUCAACUUUUUGAAAUCUCUGCUCUAUGGGUUUUGGCUUUUAUAACGCAGUUUAUUUUUUUAUGCUUUUUUCUUCCAAUCCUUACCCACUUCCUGAUAACACGCUUCAAAUAGAUGAAUGUAUUUUAAUUAUUCAUAUUUUAAAUAAAUUUAGAACGUCUUCACUGCCGUUAUUCGCAAAACUGAUCGAUGCAUAUGAACAAUUCAUACAACAUUGGACGGUUAUGCGAAUAAAGGCAGUUUAACUUCGAUUUAGUUUUAUUGCGAUUUUUCGAUUUUUUCUUUACAUAUAUUUUGACAUCUCUAAUAUUUAAAACGUUGACAAACUCAACAUUUUAUUCAAUAAUCACAAACGAUUGUGUUCAACUGUUUGAGAUAUUUUUUUUCUGUCUCAUCCCUUUCGUUUAUCUUGUUACGCAGUAGUAAAAUUAGUAAGUUUUAAGGAUGUACGUCCACACGCUUGUGAACUGAUAGAAGCAAAAAUUUCUACACCACUAAUAAAUCAGAGUUGAAGUUUUCGAUAAGUGGACGGUUUAUUAGAAUCGCUUUCCAGCGGAAAGCGGAUGAAACCGCGUGUGAAUUAUUUUUCGUUUGAUCUGUGAUUAUAGUUUUCGCUUAAUGUCUUAAGUGAAAUGAUAAUUUUAAGUCGACUUCUACACUUUAAACUAGGAAUGUACGUAGAUAAACAAGAAAAAUGACUAAUUCUCUUUAAAUAGAUAGAACAGGCAAAGUAUCCGAUACUGAAGAAAGAACGUAGUUGGGCUUGAGGAAAAAAUUUAAAUAAAAAAAAACUAAUGAGUUGGCGAAAAUAUGUCUAGCUAUGUUACAUUCGAAUUACGAGUAAUGUUCGUUAAAAGUAUCAUGAAUAGUAACAUACAUAAUACAGAAGCAUAUAGAAAAAAAACUAAAUACGAGCAAAAUAAGCACACAUUUUAAUUCUUCGUAGAUGUGUAUCUUUCCGUAAUUCUGAAUGUAGAUGUUUUGAUAGUGUAUGAUGCUGUUGUGGAUGAAUAGCAAAUCAAAAGCAAAUGAAGAGGAUUAUCCAGGGAAAAAAAUGUUUAUUAGAACACAAGUUUUGUAGUUUGGAUUUAUAUACAAUUUGUCGCAAUUCAGUUGAAAUAUUUGGAAAAUACCUAGAUUGUAUUCAAAACUGAUUGAAAUUUGACUGUGUUUUUACAGAAUUACCAGAAGCAUGAUGUAUUAACAACCUAUGGAGGGUUACAAUACUUUGACUGUUCUUAUUUUUUUUUUUUGUUAGACGCACAGAAAUCGUUAUUUGUAAUAUGAAAUUUUGAAUUGUUUUUCGUGUAAAAAAAUCUAUCAUGCAAAGGGUACAUUCUUCAUAGGAACAUAAAGGAUCUUAAAAUAUUAUACUAGAAUUAGCUUCAACGACAUUCAAUCGAAUCCACGUGCAUAAAAAAAAUCCACAACCAAGUGAGCUGAUCACAUUGAAAAGGAACUAAAAUAUUAGAUGGUCUGGAUUAAAAAAUCGUUGGGUUGAAAAAGGGAUAUUAUAACACUGUACAUAAAGUUACGAAACUAAAACAUGAUCACGUGUCUUAAAAUUUAGCAGCAGCGUCUCAAAAUAAAGUAAAAAAUAUUAGUAGCGAAAUGAUCGAUGUAUGUAAACAGCUCUCAGUUCCCAUCACCGAAAAUUUUAUACACGAUUCUUACUUUUCUUCAGAGAUAUUCAGUUUCGAACAUUUUAAUGAACUAGCAAACGCUAUUGUUAGCAUUAUUUAUUUUUCUCGUAUCGUUGUAUCGUAUAUUUUUAGCAUAACGUAUACGGAAAUGCCCUUUGUACAUCUAAUUUGUUUUCAUUUAUAUUUGAAUUGCAAGUGGCCUCCACUGUAAAAUGCGCUAAAAUUUCUUUCUCGAAACUUUGUCUCCACAUAAUAAAUAUGUAUGAUCGUUCAUUGUGAACUUUUGCGUUUAAAUUUAUCCAUUUUUGUCCGCUGUUAUAUUUUCGAUUUUUUUUUAUUUUCCCCGAAAGUCAGUUCCUCGUAUACCUCAUUUCCCUGAAUAACCCGCUAAACCACCAUUUUAAUAUUUCAAGGUGCUGAAAAAUCCUGUCAUUUGAUAUGCACUUGAUUGACGGUUAUUUCGUGAUAUACUCUUUGGCAUCGACUGUUUAGUCGAUAACGACCAAACAUCUCCUUCUUUCGAUAGAUUCCCUUUCUUUCUAGCUUACUACCCUUUGCAUAAAUACUGUUUUUAUCAUCUUUCAACCAACAUUUUAACCCAGUUGCAUUCUGGGAAACGGAAUUCAGCGAAAAGUAAUUCAAUCUGAUAUGUAUUCAAAUUAUUCCCAUGCUUUUCAAUUCAUUUCAUUGGUUUGACAUAUUUGUUUCAAAGGAGAACUUAAAUAUACCUCUGUUAGAUGAAGCUUUCAUAAAGAAACAAAUAUUAUUGUAUUACGAAAAAUCUUUGUUCAUUAGCAACACCUCUCUAACCAAGCAAUGGAAUAACGCAAACACUACCUACUCUAGUUCUGGUCUUUCCAACAAUAAGCCGAACUUUAUUACAUAGUAUAGCUUAACCUUAAUGACUAAUAACACAUCAACAAAGCAGUGAACAGAAGUCUCAAUUCAAUUUGAUUGGAUAAAUAGAUAAUACAUAAAUUACAUCUCAAGAACCCUUUGCAAAAAUCACUGUUCAAAAGACGAGACUCUUAUAAUUGUGAACACCACUUUACUUGGGAUUUGUUCAUAUUUUUGGCAUGUGCAAAAUACACUGAAACAUCGUACAUUUACACAUAAACAACAUUAUAUUUCUCCAUUGAAACUACAUACUUUCAAACUUGGUCUAGAAUUAGUUGGAAAUGAUUCACACCGUCAAAGUGAUGUGCGUUGCCAUGCGUACGCCAUUUUUUCUCUAUUCCACGCAUAGACACAAGCAAGCCGCACGCACAACCACAAGGACAGCUUAUCGGACACUUUGAUUUUGAUUUUGAACAUGCAUUCGAAAACGCAAACAAUUUACACAGACACAUAUAAAAUUUACACUUUUUUAAAAGAUAAAUUCAGAACAUAAGUAGAUUAAUUGAACCAUAAGGAAAUACAUAUUUAAAAGUUCUAUAUACAUAUAUACACAGAUAAGAAUAAAUUAUAUAUACACACAUUACACAUACACGUACAUCUAUAUAUUGAAAGAAAAACAACAACAAAAAAUAUUACAAUAUAUAUUUGAAGAUGUAAGUCUGCAAGUUUUUAACAUAACUGUAUGAAAAAAAAUAUUGAAAGAAACAUGAACUUAACCUUAACAGUAAGAAAUUAUUGAACAAAAGUAAACCGCAAACAUUGCAAACUCAAACAUGAAAACGGUUAGAAAACUGUCCUGUCCUCAAGUCGUCUGUAUGCGUAAAGUGGAGUAUCGUCAUUCGCACUAACUUGGAUCUCCUUGCGCGAUGAUAUCUCAUUGUGUUCAUUUGAAGCUUUCGAUCCAUGCUAGAUAAAACAGAAGAAAUAAGAUUAAAAAUAACAGUUACAUGUAGUGAUAUACCGACAACAUAAACCAAUCUUCGCCUAGGGUACCUCGGGGUCUCUGUGUGUGUUACAUUACGGCUUGGCACCAGAUAACUUGAGACGGUUGACCGAAAAAAAAUCUGAAAAAUAAAUAAAUUUCAACAAA